ACUGACCAAUCAGCGAGCAGAACGCCGCGCGGGGGGGCGGGCGCUCCCUUCCUUCCGGCCCGGGCUGUGCCGUCGGCGCGGCCUGAACGGGGGAGGCGGCGGCGGCACCGGGACCGGCACCGGGAUCGGGAUCCGGGAUCGGCACCGGGAUCGGGGCCGGCUGCGGUACCGGGACCAUGUUCCGCCGCAAGCUGUCGGCGCUGGACUACCACAACCCAGCCGGCUUCAACUGCAGGGAUGAAACAGAGUUCAGGAAUUUCAUUGUCUGGCUGGAGGACCAGAAAAUCAGACACUACAAGAUCGAGGACAGAGGGAAUCUGAGGAACAUCCACAGUGAGGACUGGCCCAAAUCCUUUGAGAAGUACAUGAAAGAUGUGAACUGUCCCUUCAAAAUACAGGAACGACAGGAGACAGUGGAUUGGCUUCUUGGCUUGGCUGUGAGGCUGGAGUAUGGAGAUAAUGCUGACAAAUACAAGGAUUCCACCCCUGAUGGUGCUAAAAAUGCUGAUAAUACAGCAAAAAAUGCAGAGCCACUGAUUAACCUGGAUGUGAAUAAUCCUGAUUUCAAGGCUGGGGUGAUGGCUUUGGCUAAUCUGCUACAAAUCCAGAGACAUGAUGAUUACUUGGUGAUGCUCAAGGCAAUUCGGAUUCUGGUGCAGGAGCGCCUGACACAGGAUGCCAUAGCCAAAGCCAGCCAGUCCAAGGAGGGUCUGCCUGUUGCUCUGGAAAAGCACAUUCUUGGAUUUGACACGGGAGAUGCUGUUAUCAACGAGGCCGCCCAAAUCCUGCGGCUGCUGCACAUCGAGGAGCUCCGGGAGCUGCAGACCAAAAUCAACGAAGCCAUUGUGGCUGUCCAGGCCAUCAUUGCUGACCCCAAAACUGACCACAGACUGGGCAAAGUGGGGAGAUGAAGGGAGAAAAGCUUUGAGCCCCGUGUGUGCUUAGUGCAAUUAGGAAUCCCAGCUCCCACUGCAGCAUGCACUUGGAUUAAUGUGCCUGUUUGGAGAGAAAACAGGAAAUUGAAUCCUGACUUCUGAUGAAUUACCAGGUUUUUUCUUUAAAUAAAUGAAAUUGAGGGAAACAGGUAAAUGGUUCUGGUGAGCUCUGAGUUGCUAAAUAGGA